GACUGAGGCUGCCUGUCCUGGCGCCUGGCGCCCUAGGGCCAAGCCCACCACCUGGGACCAGGAGUGCGGGAGUCUGAGACCAUGGAGCACAUCACUCUGCCCAAGGUUGAAAAUGUCCUGUUAUUGAAUCGUUAUGUAAACAAGAAACCAGCUAACGGGACACUUUACCUUACUGCAACCCAUCUGAUAUAUGUAGAUGCUUCUGCCGAGGUCCGGAAGGAAAUCUGGAUUCUGCACCACCACAUUGCUGCUGUGGAGAAGUUAGCCCUUACUUCCAUGGGGCAUCCUCUGAUCUUGCGUUGCAAAAACUUUCGGAUGGCACACUUUGUCUUUGGGUCGGAAUGGGAAUGUCAUGAAGUGCAUGCCUCACUGCUCAAGCUCUCCCAGCCAGUGAGACCAGAAGAACUUUAUGCAUUUUCUUAUAACCCCAAAUCUUCAAAAGAUGACAGAGAAAUUGGAUGGAAAAUGAUUGACUUAAAAUCAGACUACAAGCGCAUGGGAGUCCCAAACGACUACUGGCAAAUAACAGAUGCAAACAAAAACUAUGAGGUCUGUAGCACAUACCCUCCUGAAAUAGUCAUUCCAAAAGAGGCUAGCAAGGCGAUAGUCAUGGGAUGUGCCAAGUUCCGAAGUCGAGGACGUAUUCCUGUGCUUUCCUACUUCUACAAAGAGAACAAUGCUGCCAUAUGCCGCUGUAGCCAGCCCCUCUCUGGAUUUGGGUCCCGCUGCCUGGAGGAUGAACAGAUGUUACAGGCCAUUAGCCAAGCCAACCCAGCAAGCCCCUUCAUCUAUGUGGUAGACACAAGGCCAAAGUUGAAUGCCAUUGCCAAUCGAGCAGCUGGCAAGGGGUAUGAAAAUGAAGAUAAUUAUGCCAACAUUCGAUUCAGGUUCAUUGGUAUUGAAAACAUCCAUGUGAUGCGGGGCAGCCUGCAGAAACUCCUUGAAGUCUGUGAAAUGAAAGUUCCAUCAAUGAGUGACUUUCUUGCUGGCCUGGAGAACUCUGGGUGGUUGAGACAUAUUAAAACUAUUAUGGAUGCUGGAAUCUUCCUUGCAAAGGCGGUGAAAGUGGAAAAAGCUAGCAUCUUGGUCCAUUGCUCCGAUGGCUGGGACCGCACAGCCCAAGUAUGCUCUCUGGCUGGCAUCCUUCUUGAUCCAUUUUAUCGGACGUUUGAAGGGCUAAUGGUCCUCAUAGAAAGGGAAUGGAUCUCUAUGGGCCACAAGUUCUCACAAAGAUGUGGUCACCUGGAUGGGGACCCCAAAGAAGUAUCCCCUGUCUUCACCCAGUUUUUGGAGUGUAUCUGGCAACUGAUGGAGCAAUUUCCCUGUGCUUUUGAGUUUAACGAACUUUUCUUGCUGGAGAUCCAUGAUCACGUUUUCUCCUGUCAAUUUGGGAAUUUCAUAGGAACCUGCCACAAGGAGCGGGAGGAGCUGAAAAUCUUUGAGAGGACCCAUUCCUUGUGGCCUUUCCUGUUACAGAAGAAAACUGAGUUCAGGAACCCACUGUACAAGGGCAUCACUGCUUAUGGGGUACUUCAUCCCAACACUUUACCAUUCAGCUUCCAGUUCUGGUGUGGAAUGUACCAUCGUUUUGACAAAGGGAUGCACCCCAAGCAGAGCAUGCUGGACUAUCUCCUCCAUCUUCUGAAUCGGCAAGUGAAGAUGGAGCAGGACAGGACACACUUGGAGACUAAGCUGCCAGGCCUCAAUGUUCUCUCCCUGGAAGAUACUUGUAUACAGCCCCAGACUGAAAGUGCCUUGAGUAAGCCUCUGAAAAAUCUACCGACUGACAUUCCGCAGAGCUGUGACCAGCUGCCACCCGACCUUCUCUCCAAUGGCAGCCUAAUGGGGGAAGGGGAUGCACUGCCUGAUCUGGCCCCAGAGCAAAAACAGUCUGUGUUUGCCUCAAACCAGCCACCCAGCUCCGGAAAUAGAGGCCAGCAUCAAGAAGAAAAGCAUCAGUGACCUGGGUGCAUUUGGGGUACAGUGAAGUAGAUAGAACAAUAUCGUAACCCCCCCGACUAAUCAUUGCCCCUCUGCCUGAGGUCAUUGACUUAACUGUUGAUGGGCAGAAUAUUCCUCUUAAGGGGUCGUAUGGAGUCUAGAGAAGGAAUUCCCACCCAUUACUCUGUGCAGAUGAAGUGAUCAAUGUGUGCAUGCUAAGCUGUGGGAGAUAGAAAUGAGGAAGAAAAUGUACCAUUGUGUUGGAAUGGGAUUUUUUAUCAGAAAUUCCAUCUUUGUCCCCAAGCCCUACAAAAAAAAAACAUAGCUAUUUCUACCACUCUAUUUUUG